AUGUUCAGCGCUGGCGCAAAUUCUCAUCCGAUUUCCAUCGCGGUUGGCGACUUCAAUGGUGACCGCAUAGCGGAUAUUGCUUUAGCCAAUAAUGGUACCAAGCAUGUAGAUCUGAUGCUUGGAAGUGGAAACGGAAAAUUUGCAAUUCAAACAAGUUAUCAAAUUAGUUUUGAUUCACCUCCGUUAGUGAUGGCUUCUGGUGAUUUUAAUAAUGACAAACGAUCGGAGAUCGUGAUCGCUAACGGUGGAAGUAAUCAUGUGGAUAUCUUUGUUGCGUACAAUCAUGGUAUUUUUGAAAGUCAAACAAGGUAUUCAGCUGGCUCUCGUCCAUCAUCUGUAUUUGUUGGUGAUUUCAACAACGACACUCGACUAGAUAUCGUUGUCGCCAAUGAGGGUAGCAAUGAUGUGAGUAUCCUUCUUGGAAAUGGAAAUGGUUCUUUUGAAAAUGAAACAAGGUAUUCAGCUGGCUCUGGUCCACAAUCUGUAGUUGUUGGUGAUUUCAACAACGACACUCGACUAGAUAUCGUUGUCGCCAAUGCAGUUAGCAAUGAUGUGAGUAUCCUUCUUGGAAAUGGAGAUGGUUCUUUUGAAAAUGAAACAAGGUAUUUAGCUGGCUCUGGUCCACAAUCUGUAGUUGUUGGUGAUUUCAACAACGACACUCGACUAGAUAUCGUUGUUGCCAAUUACCGUAGCAAUGAUGUGAGUAUCCUUCUUGGAAAUGGAGAUGGUUCUUUUGAAAAUGAAACAAGGUAUUUAGCUGGCUCUGGUCCACAAUCUGUAGUUGUUGGUGAUUUCAACAACGACACUCGACUAGAUAUCGUUGUCGCCAAUGGGGAUAGCAAUGAUGUGAGUAUCCUUCUUGGAAAUGGAAAUGGUUCUUUUGAAAAUGAAACAAGGUAUUCAGCUGGCUAUUGGCCACAAUCUGUAGCUGUUGGUGAUUUCAACAACGACACUCGACUAGAUAUCGUUGUCGCCA